AAUGGCGUUCACACUCCAAAACAGUGUUAGUGCAUAAUGGCAGGUGACAGAAGUCCAAAUCGUGACAGAUCUCGUCGUCGAGAAACUCGGGAGAAUCCUGAUCAAAAUCGUCGCGACAGAAAUCGAGAAAGAUUUGAGGAGAAAUCGCGCAAUGACAGAUCAAAAAGACGAGAUCGUUCUCGCAGCAGAUCGCGAAAUAGGGACGACGACAACAGGCCUAGAAAAUCAAAACACGAAAGUAGGGAACAUAACCACAGAGCGCGAGAUAGAGAUGAUCAUUCAAGAAAAUUUGAUUUCAGUAAUUCAAAUGUAAAGAAAGAACCGUCACCAGAGUGGGGUAAACGUGUGCCUAAGGAGGAGAAGGAUAGUAAAAAUGCAGGUGACAAGGAGAAACCGAAUUUUGCGUUGUCGGGGAAGUUGACGGAGGAUAGAAAUGCGAUAAAUGGUGUUGUUAUUAAGUACUCGGAGCCUGGGGACGCGAGGAAGCCGAAGAGACGGUGGCGAUUGUAUCCGUACAAGGGGGAAAAAGAGUUACCUAUCAUUCAUAUUCACAGACAGUCUGCUUAUUUGAUGGGGAGGGAUAGGACUGUGGCGGACAUUCCUCUGGAUCAUCCCUCUUGUUCUAAGCAGCAUGCUGCACUGCAGUUCAGGCUGGUGCCUUUCAAGAGGGAGGAUGGCUCCACGGGGAAGUGUGUCAAGCCUUAUUUGAUCGAUCUGGAGUCGGCUAAUGGGACUUUGGUCAAUGAUGUCAAGCUGGAGGCGAGGAGGUAUCAUGAGUUGUUUGAGAGGGAUGUCCUCAAGUUUGGGUUCAGCUCGAGGGAGUAUGUUCUUCUCCAUGAGAACAGCAAGGAUGAGGCUAUGGAUGAUGAUUUCAUAGCUCCCAAUGAAACUUAGGAGGAUGUGAAUAGUCAUAACAGCGGACUGGAAAAUAUAAACUGAAUGUUAAUUUUUUGUAUUGUUGAACAUUGUGAGCCCACUUCACUAUUGGUAAGCUUCUGAGGCGUUUCGUUUGUUGAUAUUGUCUUCACUUGUGUAAAAUUUUGAGACACGUCCCAAUCAAUCCUGAAUACUGUAGUCUGAUAGAAUGAUAGAAUCAGGAGAAGAGUUCAAUUAUUUCAGGCAAUAAUUCACUUGAAAGUGAGAGAAAUUGAAAUAGCAUGAGCACAAUUGCAUAAAUAGAAAAAUAAAUUUCUAAUUCAAUCUUUUACAGUGCAAAACUCGAAAUAUUUAUGACAAAAAAAUGAGUGACUGAGUGAUGCACUAAUAACUGUACUUGACAAUUAUCAAUAGCUUAUAUCAAAGAAUUUGUAUAAAAAUAAAGAAGAAUAAUGUGAUUAA